GUUUCCGAUAAUAGCGUUCAUAAUAAUAAUAACAACGUUAAUGAUAAGCAAUGGGUGAAUAUAGCGAAUAAUGUGUGUUUAACCAAAGCCUGUGUUGUAGAAGCGGCCAAACUGUUGGAAACCAUCGACGACUCCAUUUCCCCGUGCGAUGACUUUUUCCAAUACUCAUGCGGCAAAUGGAUUGCAAGCAAACGAUUGCCGGAACACAAGUCUAUUAUCAACCGAUUCAGCGAUCUGUCCGAUGAUCUCAAUGAUAAGCUUAGGAAUCUCAUCGUUAAUACAAACGUGGAGACAGAGACCCGAGAGUUCAUUAAAAAUGCUAAGAAUUAUUACGACAGUUGUUUCAAUACGAGUUAG